GGUUCUUGACUCAUAUUCCAACAAAAUUCCCCGAACUGAGCGUACGUGUCCGUGUCCUCCACACGUCUUUCCGAAUUUCCAGCUCUAACUCCCGUUCUUCCAACUCUGGAUUUUCCGGCCUCAUUGUGUCAGGUAUAUUGCAUUGACCAGAGGAUUCAAUGGAUUUUCUGUUUAAAGGAAUGAAUGGAGAUGCUUCUGAGUGCCCCUCUGCUGAGGACAUGCAAAGAUGUCCGUUUUUGAGGAACAUAAACAAACCCACUUGUUUUUCCUUCACUCCUAUAAGUCUCCCCAUUCCUGUGCAUGGAGCAAAAGGUCCAAUAUUUGAGGAUGCUCCGAAUUUUGAUAUGGCUUUUAAGCUCUUUCACGGGAAGGAUGGUGUUGUCCCAUUAUCAGGGAGAUCUUAUUCUCAUAAGGACAUUCUGGAACCCAAGCCUGAACCUCAGUUCAAUCCUUUAGCAGCCAAGGCUGCCACCAUAAGUCUGUCAGCAUUUGGACCAGGAGGGCCUUUCAGUUUUGGUUCUUUCUCUGACAAAUGGAAAAAGAAUAACUCUGAUUCAUCUAGCAAGAAGGAAACGCCUACACAGAAUGGAGAUUCAUCAAAGCAUGAGGCGCUGGGAAAUGAGUGGUUAAAAACAGGUAACUGCCCAAUUGCCAAGUCAUAUAGAGCUGUGAGCCGUGUUCUACCACUUGUUGCGACAGCACUUCAGCCACCCCUUAGCAUGAAACUCAGAUGUCCGCCUGCAGUAGUUGCUGCAAGGGCAGCCCUCGCACGGACCGCCCUUGUUAAGAACCUACGGCCUCAGCCACUACCUGCAAAAAUGCUUGUCAUUGCAGCCUUAGGCAUGGCAGUUAAUAUUCCAUUAGGUGUAUGGAGGGAGCACACAGUGAAAUUUUCGCUCUCGUGGUUUGUAGCAGUGCAUGCUGCUGUUCCCUUCAUAGCCAUGCUCAGGAAAUCAGUCGUGAUGCCUAAAACUGCUAUGGCAUUGACAAUUUCGGCUUCUAUCCUAGGACAGGUUAUUGGUUCUCGAGCUGAGCGAGUCCGGCUGAAAGCAGUAGCUGAGAAAGAGAGAGUAGCAGCACAGACAACAAUUGAAAGCACCGUUGCUGGCUAUAGCCCAAGCCAGGUUGAUGGCACAACAGGUGGUCACUGUGCUGUAGAAGGAAUGAUAUUUUACCCAAGAAAGAGUACUGGGCCAACUUCAUCAUCAAAUGUGUGCUUUUGACAUCAGUGCACAAGGUGAAAGGAGAUAAUAAAAUGAAGAAGCAA